AUGCACUUCAAAGUCCUUUACGCUCUGUUUGCAACCGUUGCCGUCGCUCUACCCCGCGGUGGAAACCAGCAGCACCAUCAAGAAGUUGAUCUUCCUGCAACUUCAGCCAUGCCCAUGUCCUCGUCUAUGUCAAUGCCGAUGAAGCGUGCGACUCCAACGUCCAUGGCUACUCCAACUCCCACUACGAAGGCCACGUCGCCAAUGCGAGGCGAGAAGAAACCUGAGCAGAUGAAGGCCGAGAAAAUGUUGAUGCUGUUCUAA